UACCCAAUUUUUUUCAAUAAUUUAUAUUUAAUAUUAUUAUUAGCAUAUGUAUUCCUAACAUACAAAAAUAGUGCAGUCCUGGUUAUGAUCUUGUGUCCAAGUUUUGAUUUCUUUCUCAUCCUCACCUAGACCAUCAUCCACCCAUACCCAUACCCACCUAGACCAUGAUACACUGAUCCUCAUCCCCACCUAUACCAUCAUCUACCCAUCUUCAACCUCACCUAGACCAUCAUCCAUCCUUUCCCAUUCCCACAUAGACCAUCAUCUACCCAUUUCCAACCUCACCUAGACCAUCAUAUACCCAUCCCUGUCUUCACCUAGACUAUCAUCUACCCAUCCACAUCCUCACCUGGACCAUACACCCAAUACCAAUCUCCAACCUCACCUGGACCCUCAUAUACCCAUCUCUAUCCUCACCUAGGCUAUCAUACACCCAUCUCCAACUAGACCAUCAUCUACUCAUCCCCACCUAGAUCAUCAUCCAUCCACCUCCAUCCUCACUUAGACCAUCAUACACCCAUCCCCACCUAGACCAUCAUCUACCCAUCUCUGACCUCACCUAGACCAUCAUACAUGCAUCCCCAUCCCUACCUAGACCAUCAUCUACCCAUCUCUGACCUCACCUAGACAAUCAUAAAUCUAUGCCCAUCCUCACCUAGACCAUUAUACACCCAUCUCCAAUUUAAAACUCAAAAGGACUGUGAAGAUCUAACUUCACUUGGAAUUCUUAUUUCUAACUAUUUUAUAAUCUAAGUAUGCAAAAUUCCCAAUCUAUAUAGCCUCUACACAAAUAUAUGAACCAUGGGCAGUCAAAGAAUCUGAACUCACUCACAUGUUCAAUACAGAGGCAAAGAAUUAAAAUAAAAAGAAAUUGUUUACCACACAUGUGCAUGCAAUUUAAAGUCAUUUCCAAUGAACAUUAUUUUGUGGCAGUGUACUUUCUUUACAAGAAAGGAAGGAAGAAAGGAAGGAAGGAAGGAAGGAAGGAAGGAAGGAAGGAAGGAAGGAUGGAUCUUGCUAGCCUUCAUUGACCAGGAAGGAUUUCUUCAUUGAUUUUUCAUAUUCCAAUGGAAUUGAACAUUCUGCUACAUACAUAUAUUUAUAUAAAUAAACCUAUAUAAGUAAAUGCAUCACUGUCCAAAUAAAAUUAGAUAUAGGGAGCAUACACAUCCUAAUUACAAAGCUUUCAUUUCCAAAUAGAUUAAUAUUUUUGCUGAUUUUUUUAUUUGGGAAUUUAUUUACAUUUUUAAAGUUAAUUUAAUUUAUGGAUUGUUAAAUGAUAUAGCUAUAAGGACUAUGAGUGUGCUUAUUCAGCUAUGUGGCCUUACAUUUUAAAAUCUUAAAGAAACGACCUUUUCUCCCCUUACAUUGUGGUGACCUUUCUAGUCUAUCAUUGAGUUCCUUUCCAAGAAUAUGAAUUGGAAAGAAAAUAUGAAUUGGAAAGAGAAUAUGAAUUGGAAAAGAAUCACUUUGGAAGUGAAUUAUAAUUCGCAAAACUGAUUAUCUCCUCUGAAUGAGAUUGCUUGAGAUAGAAACAGACAGACUGUGUCUAUCACGGCGCAAAUGGGCUUGGAUACACUAGGAGACAAUCACAAUGAAAUGCUUUUUCUGUGUGUGGUGCUGAGGUUAAAAUUAAAUUCUAUGUUUUGUCUUUUCCCUCCCUAUCUGUUCAGUGACAUGUGGUGCCUGGAAGAAAUGGCCAAAGUCCAUUUCCUUAUCACCGUAAUGGGUUUUCUGUUUACCUGUCAUAGUUCCGAGUGAAGCAACUUAUCAAUGAAUCCUUGAGGGACCAGCUGUUGGUGACAAUACAGAAGACCUUCACAUACACUCGCACCCAAGCUCAGCACCUGUUCAUCAUCCUCAUGGAAUGCAUGAAGAAGAAGGAACUGAUCACAGUAUUUCGAAUGGGAUCAGAAGGCCACCAGGACAUUGAUUUAGCUAUCCUGACAGCAUUACUCAAAGGAGCCAAUGCAUCUGCCCCAGACCAACUGAGCUUGGCUUUAGCCUGGAACAGAGUUGACAUCGCUCGCAGUCAGAUCUUUAUUUACGGGCAACAGUGGCCGGUAGGGUCCCUGGAGCAAGCCAUGCUGGACGCCCUGGUUCUGGACAGAGUGGAUUUUGUAAAAUUACUCAUCGAGAAUGGAGUAAGCAUGCACCGUUUUCUCACCAUCUCCAGACUGGAGGAACUGUACAACACGAGACAUGGGCCCUCAAAUACAUUGUACCACUUGGUCAGGGAUGUCAAAAAGCGAGAGUAUCCAGGUUUCGGUUGGAUCUAUUUUAAGGGAAACCUGCCCCCGGACUACAGAAUCAGCCUCAUAGACAUUGGCCUAGUGAUUGAGUACCUGAUGGGCGGGGCUUACCGCUGCAACUACACCCGCAAGCGCUUCCGGACCCUCUACCACAAUCUGUUUGGCCCCAAAAGGCCCAAAGCCUUGAAACUGCUGGGAAUGGAGGAUGACAUUCCCUUGAGGAGAGGAAGAAAGACAACUAAGAAGCGUGAAGAGGAGGUGGACAUUGACUUGGAUGACCCCGAGAUCAACCACUUCCCCUUCCCCUUCCACGAGCUGAUGGUGUGGGCUGUCCUCAUGAAGAGGCAGAAGAUGGCCCUGUUCUUCUGGCAGCACGGAGAGGAGGCCAUGGCCAAAGCCCUGGUGGCCUGCAAGCUCUGCAAAGCCAUGGCUCAUGAGGCCUCUGAGAAUGACAUGGUUGAUGACAUUUCCCAGGAGCUGAACCACAACUCCAGGGACUUUGGCCAGCUGGCUGUGGAGCUCUUGGACCAGUCCUAUAAGCAGGAUGAGCAGCUGGCCAUGAAACUGCUAACAUAUGAGUUGAAGAACUGGAGCAAUGCCACGUGCCUGCAGCUGGCUGUGGCUGCCAAGCACCGUGACUUCAUUGCACACACGUGCAGCCAGAUGUUACUUACUGACAUGUGGAUGGGCCGGCUCCGCAUGCGCAAGAACUCGGGCCUCAAGGUAAUUCUGGGAAUUCUACUUCCUCCUUCAAUUCUCAGCUUGGAGUUCAAGAACAAAGACGACAUGCCUUAUAUGACUCAGGCCCAAGAAAUUCACCUCCAAGAGAAGGAACCAGAGGAGCCAGAGAAGACCACAAAGGAGAAAGAUGAAGAGGACAUGGAGCUAACAGCGAUGCUGGGGCGAAACAAUGGGGAAUCAUCCAGAAAGAAGGAUGAAGAAGAAGUCCAAAGCAGGCACCGGCUAAUCCCCGUGGGCCGAAAAAUCUAUGAGUUCUACAAUGCACCCAUUGUGAAGUUCUGGUUCUACACUCUGGCAUACAUCGGCUAUCUGAUGCUCUUCAAUUACAUCGUGUUAGUGAAGAUGGAGCGCUGGCCGUCCACUCAGGAAUGGAUCGUCAUCUCCUACAUCUUCACGCUGGGAAUUGAGAAGAUGAGAGAGAUCCUGAUGUCAGAACCUGGCAAGCUGCUGCAGAAGGUGAGGGUGUGGCUGCAGGAAUACUGGAAUGUCACCGACCUCAUCGCUAUCCUUCUCUUCUCGGUGGGAAUGAUCCUCCGUCUUCAAGACCAGCCCUUCAGGAGCGAUGGGAGGGUCAUCUACUGUGUGAACAUCAUUUAUUGGUACAUCCGUUUGCUGGACAUCUUCGGCGUGAACAAGUAUCUGGGCCCAUAUGUCAUGAUGAUUGGGAAAAUGAUGAUAGACAUGAUGUACUUUGUCAUCAUUAUGCUGGUGGUGCUGAUGAGCUUUGGGGUCGCCAGACAAGCCAUCCUCUUUCCCAAUGAGGAGCCAUCUUGGAAACUGGCCAAGAAUAUCUUCUACAUGCCGUAUUGGAUGAUUUAUGGGGAAGUGUUUGCAGACCAGAUAGACCCCCCCUGUGGACAGAAUGAGACCCGAGAAGAUGGCAAGACAAUCCAGCUACCUCCAUGCAAGACAGGAGCAUGGAUUGUGCCGGCCAUCAUGGCCUGCUAUCUCCUGGUGGCAAACAUCCUUCUGGUCAACCUCCUGAUUGCUGUCUUCAACAAUACAUUUUUUGAGGUAAAGUCGAUAUCCAACCAAGUAUGGAAAUUUCAGAGGUACCAACUCAUCAUGACGUUCCACGAGAGGCCGGUUCUGCCCCCACCGCUCAUCAUCUUCAGCCACAUGACCAUGAUAUUCCAACAUGUGUGUUGCCGGUGGAGGAAACACGAGAGUGACCCAGAUGAAAGAGACUACGGCCUGAAACUCUUCAUAACUGAUGAUGAGCUCAAGAAAGUCCAUGAUUUCGAAGAGCAGUGUAUAGAAGAAUAUUUCAGAGAGAAGGACGACCGCUUCAACUCAUCCAACGACGAGAGAAUACGGGUGACGUCAGAAAGGGUGGAGAACAUGUCCAUGAGGUUGGAGGAAGUUAACGAGCGAGAACACUCCAUGAAGGCAUCGCUCCAGACCGUGGACAUCCGGCUGGCUCAGCUGGAGGACCUCAUCGGACGCAUGGCCACAGCCCUGGAGCGCCUGACUGGUCUGGAGAGGGCGGAAUCCAACAAGAUCCGCUCAAGGACCUCCUCAGACUGCACAGAUGCAGCCUACAUCGUCCGCCAGAGCAGCUUCAAUAGCCAGGAGGGGAACACCUUCAAACUUCAAGAGAGUAUAGACCCUGCAGGUGAGGAGACCAUAUCCCCAACUUCUCCAACCUUAAUGCCCCGUAUGCGAAGCCAUUCUUUCUAUUCGGUCAAUGUGAAAGAGAAAGGUGGGCUAGAAAAGCUGGAAAACAUUUUCAAAGAAAGGUCCCUGAGCUUACACCGAGCUACUAGCUCCCACUCAGUAGCAAAAGAACCCAAAGCUCCUGCAACCCCUGCAAACACCUUGGCCAUUGUUCCGGACUCCAGAAGACCCUCUUCAUGCAUAGACAUCUAUGUCUCUGCCAUGGAUGAGCUGCACUGUGAUAUAGACCCUCUGGAUAGUUCCAUGAACAUCCUGGGGCUGGGCGAGCCAAGCUUUUCAACUCUAGCGCCUUCCACAGCCCCUUCAAGUAGUGCCUAUGCAACCCUCGCACCGACAGACCGACCUCCAAGCAGGAGCAUUGAUUUUGAAGACCUCACUUCCAUGGACACUCGAUCUUUUUCUUCAGACUAUACCCACCUCCCAGAAUGCCAAAACCCCUGGGACACAGACCCUCCAAUGUACCACACCAUCGAGCGUUCCAAGAGUAGCCGCUACCUAGCAGCCGCGCCCUUUCUCCUAGAAGAGGCCCCCAUUGUAAAAUCCCAUAGCUUUAUGUUUUCUCCUUCAAGGAGUUACUAUGCUAACUUUGGGGUGCCUGUGAAAACAGCAGAAUACACAAGUAUUACCGACUGUAUUGACACAAGAUGUGUCAAUGCCCCUCAAGCGAUUGCUGACAGAGCCACCUUCCCUGGUGGUCUUGGAGACAAAGCAGAGGACUUAUCUUGUUGCCACCCCGAGCGAGAGGCAGAGCUCAGCCAUCCUAGCUCUGACAGUGAGGAAAAUGAGGCCAGAGGCCGGAGAGCUGCCAAUCCGAUCUCCUCUCAGGAGGCUGAAAAUGCAGACAGAACCCUAUCCAACAACAUCACAGUUCCCAAGAUAGAGCGCGCUAACAGCUACUCAGCAGAGGAGCCAAGUGCGCCAUAUGCACAUACCAGGAAGAGUUUCUCCAUCAGUGACAAGCUUGAUAGACAGAGGAACACCUCAAGCCUACGAAAUCCUUUCCAGAGAAGUAAGUCCUCCAAGCCAGAGGGCCGAGGGGACAGCCUAUCCAUGAAGAGAUUGUCUAGAACAUCAGCUUUUCAUAGCUUUGAGAGCAAGCACAACUAAACCUUCUUACCGUGUGUUGCAGGAGGCUCGAGAAUCCAGCACUAAAACUCUCCCCACGUCCACCUUGUCCCCCCCCCCCACUUCCUUGAGUUAUAUCCGCUUUACUCUUAGCUGAGCAAAACAUUGCCUUGGGAGAUGUUAACUCAAAGGUAACCUCUGGGCCACAGGUCAAGCAAGCAUUCCGUCUGGCCCAGGGCCAAACACAGGGUUUUCUGGCAUGUUCACAUUUGUUGGGAAGGGAGGGGAAAAGAGGACGGAAAGGGUUUAGAGAUGAAUGUGUGUCACCAGGCACCACAGAAAGCCACGAGCUCUGGGGAACGAGCUCAAGCAUUCUCCAUGCCGGCAGGCAUCUUGGGACUUCUGCCCUGUUACCAAGAGUUGAGGAGCCAGGGCUAAAAUUACAAAAUAAGAUAAAAAUAGCCAGCAUGCAAGAUGAGAUAUUCUAAACUUCCAUUCUGUUUUCUUUUCACAUUGGUUCCAUCACUGGUGACUGAUGAAGAACAUCCCUUUUAUUCAGUAUAAGCCGGCAGCAAGCUGUUCUACCUAACGUCCCACAUCCUUCUCAUGCCAACUCUUCUGUAAUUGGUCAUUAUAAAGAAAAACAAGGUAACAGUCAUAUAUACAGUUCGCCUGUCUCUUAUAUAUUCACUUCUGGUGCCACAACUGUUUAUCUCUCUAGAAGAAAAUAAGGGAACAGAAAUGCCUUUUUUUUUGGUCCUUUUUGUCUUGCAAUCGAAAUGAAAGAAGAGUUGAUAUUGAAAGCAAGAGUGAUAUAUGAUUUAUAAUAUACCAUGGGCAACCAAGUGUAUAGUCAAGCAAGCUCAGGACGAAUGUAACUAGAUAAUUUUAUAUUUUUAAGUUAUUUUGUAUCUCACCUGUCAUCAGUGAAUUCACUCAUCCAAUAAUAUGUAAUAUUGAACUUUAAGAAAAACAGCAAUGGGAAGAACUCACAUUACAUUGCCACGUGGGAUGUUGUUCUAGUCUCGCCAUCCAUAGUGUGUCCUGCUGCUGUGUGGCCUUCUUCAUUUGCAUGUCUCCACUAUGUCCUCCGAGCACCUCCAAGAUGUAACUGCCAAAUUCCCACACCACUCAUCACAUGACCAUUUUGUAUUUGAACACAUGGUUAUACGUGGAUAUUUUCAUACCUAGAAUUUAGCCAUCGAAUCUGGGCUCAGCAUAAACUUAAUUGGAGUUUCUCAAGGGCUGGUAUCUUUUUUAUGGAAAUGUUCCAAAGUACUUUUGUUUUGUUUUGCUUUUUUUCCAAGACAGGGUUUCUUGUUUGUAACAGCUCUGACUGUCCUGAAACUUACUUUGUAGACCAGGCUGGCCUCAAACUCACAGAGAUCUGCCUGCCUCUGCCUCCCUAGUCCUGGGAUUAAAGGUUUGUGCCACCACCGCCUGGCCCCAAAGUAUUUUUUGAGGAAGUUUAAAAACCAUAAAUAAUCUUAGACUUGACUAGGGGCUUGGCGUCCACCCAAAGCCAUCAGUUGCAGGCAGACCAUGAAUAUGUUUAUUUACAAAGUUAUAAAAAAGGUAUAGUAGGCCAAAAGAGAAAGCAAAUAUAGCUUAUGCAGAGUUCUAUAGUUUAUGCUGUUUAUGUAUACACACACAUGCACAGAUACAUGUUUAUAUACAGUAAUAAAGCAGACAGAGAAACUUCUUAACAGGCUUGACUUCCUGUCAUCUGAAGGUAUAGCCAAGAUUAUUUUUUAAUAUUGAAGAAGCUUCACUGGAAAAAGUUUCACUGUGCUAUUGGACCCACUGCUGAAAUUACAAUUUUUAGAAAGAUCUCUGUCUUUUUAAUCUUUUCUUACACUGAACAAGAACUGUCAAGGUGGCUCACCCUUGCCCUCUGCCUCCUCCUGUUUGGAAGCACGCACUAUCGUGACAUCUCUUUCACUCUGGUUUCUCUGGCAGGAAGCUAUUACCACCAAAUACAAUCCGAAUAGAUGUGUGAUUCCAAGCUAGUUUGUAUUACACAGCCUAGGAUGGAGGCAUAAGUUUCUAAACUAGAAUCUAGAUUUGAAGUGGAAUAAGAAAAUCUCAACCACAAAACUUUGGAUUCCUAUUUGGAUCACUGAAUAUUUUAAAAUAAUAAAGUCUUUAAGAAAACUAAUUUGGAGCCAGGAGUAGUGAUGAUGCACACACCUGUGAUCCCGGUACUUGGAGAGAUGAGGCAGGCGGAUGAGGAAUUCAAAGUCAGCCUCUGCUACACAUCAAGGUCAAGGCCAAUCUAGACUACAUGAGACCCUGUCACGAAAAAGGAAAAAAAGGAAAGAAAACAUAAAAAGAAAAAUAUUCUGAGGCUAGGGCUGGGGCUCACUUCCUUAGCAUACUCAAGGCCCUGUGUUCCAUACCUAGUGGAGGGGGGAGAGAAGGAGGAAGGGAGAGAGGAGAAACAGAAACAUGAUUCAUGUCCCUGGGCCCAGAUGCUCUCUGGUUCUUUUAACUGUAGCGGUAUCUCAUUUAGUGACAUCAAGUCAAUCCCUCACAAAACCUCUAGCCUAUAGCUAUAUAUAUAUAUAUUUUUCAAAGAACCAAGCUUUUCAUCCUAAAACAAGUGGCAAGCUCACAUACAUGUAGAAUCAGUUUUCAUCCUUGGUAUUUCGGUAACACCCAACCUCUUCGUUAAAAACUAUGCUGGAGACACAUCCUUAUUGAUCUCUCUCCCAACAGACAUGCAUUGAAUCCGAGAGUAAAUCGUUUGACUCUACGCUUCCUUGAGCCAUGAGUCCCUGUGAGCACCUCACGGAAGCUUUGAGCCCUGUCACCUCCCCCCCAAAUUCACACCCAUGUGAAGCUGCAAUGUAACUUUCAGGGGUUCAUGACUCCCCUGUUUCCACGGUGGCUGAUGAAGAGAGAGACCAUGUUCAUCAGCAGCCAAGCUGAAACAGGCACUAUACACUUUUAGACCAUUUCCCUGUGAUUCUUUGGAAGGCCAUGUCUCUGUGCUUCUGUUCCUUAGAGUAGAUACGGUUAGCUGGAUGUGGUUGGGCCACUUCCAUGACUUUGAUUAGCAAGGAUUCUCAAAGGCAGAGACUGAGGGAAUCCAUGGAGAAGUCCAAGGAAAUGGGUUUGUCAUCUGUGACCACAGGGCAGGUGCCAAGCACUGUGGGGCCUGGCUUGGGACCUCACUGGAAGCAAGGGAGAGAAAAAACAAGCCUGAGUGUCUCUGUUGGUUGUGACCACCUGAGAGAAAGAACGUGACCUGGGAAAGGAAACACGUAACAGUCCUGAGCUUUUGUUCUGCAUGAAAAUUAAGUGCUAGCCUCCUUGGUGAAGUGUGUGGAAUCUCUAAGCCAAAUGUCAACAACUUCAGACACAAACUGUGUAGGCCUCAUAAGCCAUCUCUUUCCUGUACGUGUGUGUGUGUGUGUAUGUAUGUGUGUGUGUGUGUGUGUGUGUUCUUUUCAGUCCCAUCUCCUUCCAUGUCUGGGUUCUCCGCACCAGUGUGGCAUCGAUUCUGUGGCCUUGUACAGACUGCUUGUGUUCAGCUCAUCCGUCCCACCAUGUCCCUGAUGGAGGGGACCUUGAUUACUUGCCUCGUGAAUUAAGCAGCUCACGAGCAGCCGGUCAUUGAAGACCAUACAUACAUAAAGUCAUAGAGGGCUCAAGGAAGAGAUAGCGUAUUUAAUCGUCUGCUUCAUAGGUGCCAACUUUUAUAUACUGCAAUGUGUAAUGAUUUCUUCUAAAUUGCUUGCUUGUUCCUUUUGGGGAAGAAACAAUGGAUGUUUUUAUAAAAAAAAUGGCCAUAUUUUAUAUUUACAGUUAGAAACGGAUAGAUUUGAAUGGAGUGCUAGAACGCAAGAGGAUAGUUGUCGUGGCCAGUUUGUGUUUCUGCAAGUCAAAGGAGGACAGUCGGAGUGCGGCACUUUAUAGACCUGGGUGUUUCUUUAAGGUUGAAGCUUCCAGGGCCAGCUAAUACUUAGCACUUUGAAAGUUCCCACUUUGAAAACAAUAUAUAUAUAUGCCAGAAUAAUGAAAUGGGGGGAGGGGCACUUGUGAAAACACAAAAUGUGUUUCUUCUGAAUGUUACAAAUGUAUUUUCAAAUCCGGUUUCUAUAGAUAACAUUAUGGUAGAUCACUGGAUAGUACGUUUCUUUUCGUCUUCCUGCAGCUGUACAGUCUAAUCUCCCUGGGUGUUUUGGGCUGUUUGAUUUCCUUAAAGAUAAUAUUAUCCAGUUAUCCAUCAUGCUCUAUCUAUAGGCUCUGCCAUGUGACAUGUUGGGCGAUGCUGUAUUAUAAAACACAUGUAAACCUAUCUGUAACCUGUGUUUAACCCAGCAUAGUUGUAGCAUGUGGUUGAAUUAAUGAACGUCACAGGACCGCUUUCUACUCAUUCAUAAAUCUGUAACAUUCAAUAAAGAAGCACAUGUGCAAGGAUUGAUGACGUUCCCAUUUCCGGUUAUUUGGCAGCUUCUGGCAAUGGGCGUUUUUGUUCCUGGUCUUCAUUAUGUUGCCCAUACUCCUCGGACUACUGUAAAAUGUUUGUGUAAGCUGAUGGCCAUCCUCUACCAGGUCCCGCUUGCUGUGAGAGGCAGGGUAUGGCUGUGCGAUGGACAAGCUGGCAUGUUAUUGCAAAAUACUAUAUAACCAAUGAACUUAAAUCUUUUAAACUCCAGUUGAAUCGGCUGUUUGUUUACGUCUGCGGACCCCGUGUGGAAGCCGUGUACAGUAUGUGAUGAAUACCUUCAUUCAGUAGCGCUGUCUGUUCUAGAUAAAGUGAUGCCAACGUUUAGGCGGCUGUAUACUUGGCCUAGAUGUUGCGUUCAACCCGCUAAUCCUUCCAAUAGCGAUGUGGCUUGACUGAAGUACCCCCUCUCCAGACUAAGUCUUAAUGUUGUGCCAGCACAACGCACGCUGUGCUUUAUGCACCAGUCUUGACUCUGUUUAGCGCACUUUAAUCUUUUACUCUUGACUGCUGCAGUGCUUAAAACAGUUAGGGGCCCAGGCAAACUGUUGGGCUUCUUUAACUGCGGCUUCUUUCUGGUUUCAGAAAUUAAACCAAGUAACCAAGGCUUCCUUUUGUUUCAAGUUUGUACAGCUCUGAACAAAUAAUAUAGCUAGAGUAUCCCCUGCAAGUCGCAAUAGCUAGGGCCCCAGAGAUGACAAAGCAGCACCACUCUGGAGUCCCAAGGUCUAGGUGCCGGGGCAUCUGUGGCAUGAAAGACAUGCCUUGGAUUCUUUAGGGCUUCCUGGGUGCAAAUUGCUCAACCGGAGAUGAAAGCCAAGGGUCCAUGGUGGCAGGACAGGAAUGCAUGGACGCGAUGGGUGAAUGGUCCCGCGCUAGUGGACGAGGACCCCCCCUUCUUGUCCUGUGCCUUUUACACCUGUGUGGGAGCUGGGUCCAGAGGUGGGAACGGGCGAUUGCUUGAUCAUCAGGUGACUCCAAAGAGUUUAUUCUUUAAAGAACUCGCAGUUCCAUGGUUACAAGCCAUUCAACAUCUGGAAAGGGAUGGAUCCAACUUGCACAGUCAAAAUGCUCCCAAAAUAAGCAGGGAAACCUUUUCUCUCCACCAGCUUUGCCCUGUGCUGUCUCUUGUAUCUACAAGUCAAGCAUUCUGUCUCUCAGAUUAGAGUCAAUAAAAGAAGGGGUUGGCUCUGAUUAAAGAAGAACAACUCUUUCUUUUCUUUUUCAAAUUAAUUGCAGAGUGUUAAUGUCGCCUUUGCUCUCGUGAUCUCUUUGCACUGAUUACCCCUAAUAAAAACCAAGAUGUUCCGAUUUCUGUGUGUCGUCUAAGAGGGGAUGGAGGUGACCAAGUCACCCCGAUUAAUCAAAAGAAGCGGUUUGUUUCCUAACUUUCCUGGAAUAACUGGCAACCUCUGCUGGCAGCACAUGGAUCCCUGCACUGGCAGUGGGUUUGGAAACUGAAACAAUGGACAUCUAUGUAGAUGCCCAUAGACUCUGGUGGGCAUCAGUGCCAGCCAUGACUCCAGCCCCUGGGGGGAGGCAGAUUCCUGAGGAAUGUGAGGCACAGGGUGAAAUCAGCCUUGGGCCUGGGGUUGCAGCCUUUUUUUUUUUUUUUUUUAGACCCUUUUCUUUCCUUUUCCUUAGUCUAAAGCUAGCUCCUUUUUUUUUUCUAUGUGUGUGAGACCAACAGACUCAUCCAUUACCUCAUAUGGACCCCCAAACAGUAACCCCAAACACUGACUACAUGGGAAAAGCCAGAUGUUCUGAAUUUGUCCUGGGUCUGGUUUCCCAGCUGACUUCACCUCCUCCCUCCACCCAAGUUCCUAACGUGGCUACUGUGCCAUCUGUCCCGUCUGAAUCUGAAUCGCCUGUCUGAAUCCUGCAAGGCUCUCUAUAUCUCUACCCAGUCACCUGCCUCUCCAUGAAGGGAUGACAAAUUCAAUCCAAGACCCAGAUCUAGAACACAAAAGAAUGGGCCUAGGAAAGACAAUGCAAGCAAAAUCUGUUGACCAUGAAAACAUGUAUGUCCCAACAGAAAGAUUCAGAUGUGGGCUUUCAAGCCCUGUGCUAGCCUCCCAGGUGUCUGCAUCAGGAUUCUCAAUGGCCAUGUCAGGGGGCCUCUGAUUUGAAGCCAAGCGGGGUCUGAUCCAUGACUCUCACACAGAGAGCAAACACAUCAAAUACACUCAAGAACUUCAAGUUGGGAGAAGCAGCUCACCCUAUUUGGGGUGACUCGUAGAUGACAUCCAUGUCCGUGGAGAGCAUGUUUUACUGGAUCCAAACACAGGACCAGUGUGAGGGAGACUGUGAGGAAGGAUGUUGUAGCAUGUGAAGACUUAACCUGCUUCCUGUCACUGGAGGUAUCUCACCUGAGUUUCUCUUGCUGCUACCACUGUGGAAGUCAGUCCGUGUAGUCAGUACCCUACACUCACAGCCAUUUCAUAAUGUACCACAUAGACUGUCACUUGUAAAUGAGUUAAUUAUAGUUUACAAUGGGGGGAAUUAUUCAGACACCAUUUUUUAAAUGAAUUCCUAUAAAUACAAUGAUUUUCAAGUUGGGUUUACUAAACAUACAUACAUCUUUUCUUCCUUUCAUGUAUGAUAGAAAGAGGUUUGCCUACCUACUGAUACUGGAUAUAUAUAUAUAAAUCCAGAGGCAUUGUUCUUUUUUAACGGUCUGUUAUUGGAUUCACAAUGCAC